AUGUCAUCAUAUAUUGAAUAUAUAAAGGAACAAUUAUAUACUAAAAAAAAAGAAAAAUAUGAUAAAAAUAUGAACUUAAUUGAAGACUAUCCUCAUCAAGACGGUUACGAGAACAAUCAAUAUCUUAAUGUAAUGGUGAGAACCAUUUUAAUUGAUAAAGAAUUCGUGAAUUUAUAUUAUGAAAUAUGCGAUAACUUUAAUGAUCUCAUAAUUCAAGGUGAUUUUCCCAUUAAACCUGAUAGUGAAUCAGACGCUGUGAAUAUGACUUAG